AUAAUGAGCGAGGAUUCGGCGAUCACCCCCAGCUGGCUGAGUCCGGACCCCACGUCCUGGGCCAGCGGUGGAGGGUCUCUGCUCACGGACAACAGCACCGGGGGUCUCGGGGCCUUCCCCUCGGAGGACAGCCUGGCCGCGGGGCCCCUGCCCCUGCUGGUCAACCCCUGGGACAUCGUGCUGUGCUCCUCCGGCACGCUGAUCGCCUGCGAGAACGCCCUGGUGGUGCUGGUGAUCUGGCAGAACCCGGGCCUGCGGGCGCCCAUGUUCCUCCUGAUCGGCAGCCUGGCCCUGGCCGACCUGCUGGCCGGCCUGGGCCUGGUGCUGCACUUCACCUGUGCCUACCUGCUGCGCUCCGACUCGGCCCAGCUGCUCACGGUGGGGUUGGUGGUGGCCUCCUUCUCCGCCUCCGUCUUCAGCCUGCUGGCCAUCACCAUCGACCGCUACCUGUCGCUGUACUACGCGCUGACCUACAACUCGGAGCGCACGGCCGCCUUCACCUACACCAUGCUGGUGCUGCUGUGGGGGCUGUCACUGUGCCUGGGGCUGCUGCCCGUCACCGGGGUCAACUGCCUGGCGGAGGAGGCGUCCUGCAGCGUGGUGCGGCCCCUCACCAAGAACAACGUGGCCGUGCUGUCCGUCUCCUUCCUGCUGCUCUUCGGCCUCAUGCUGCAGCUCUACGUGCAGAUCUGCAAGAUCGUCAUGCGCCACGCCCACCAGAUCGCCCUGCAGCACCACUUCCUGGCCGCCACGCCCCACUACGUCACCACGCGCAAGGGCGUGUCCACGCUGGCAAUCAUCCUGGGCACCUUCGCGGCGUGCUGGAUGCCCUUCACCGUGUACUCGCUGGUGGCCGACUACACCUACCCACCGCUGUACACCUACGCCACGCUGGUGCCCGCCACCUACAACUCCGUCAUCAACCCCGUCAUCUACGCCUUCCGCAACCAGGAGAUCCAGAAGGCGCUGUGGCUGGUGUGCUGCGGCUGUGUGCCGGCCGGGGUUGCCCAUCGCGCCCGGACCCCCAGCGACGUCUGA